GCCGUUGAAGGUUGGCAGGGUCUGGGACCACAGCCCCGGGUGCCACAGCAGUGCCCUGGCAGUGUGGGCUCGGUCCCCAUCACUGAGGCAGAGAAGCGGCUUCUCCCCGGCUCACGAGGCAGCUGUCCCAUGCUCUGCUGAGCAGGGUGCCAUGCCUCUGCAAGUCCUCCUGCUUCUGAUUUUGCUGGGCUCUGACAGCAGCCUGCAGCUGCGGGAGACAUGGGAGAAUGGAACCAUUGAGGCCCCGGACCCCCUGCUUGUGCAGGGCCAGAAACAAGUGGAGGAGGACCCAGAACAGGACAUGUAUGACUAUAUUGGCACGGACCCUCCAGAGACGCUUUUUACAAAUAGACCUGGGCCUGUGUCCCUGACCUGGACAUUUCUAGCUGAGACGGCAACAUUGGGGCAGAAGGAUUCCGGAACUCCUGAACAAGCCACUCUGGUGAUAGCCAGAGGGGACUCCGUUGGCCUGGACGCAAGAGGGAUGGCCAUGGGGGAUCUGAGCAUGGAAGUGGCCACGCAGGGGGUUCCCGUCACGCUGGGCCCUCUGAGCAAAGAACAGGUCACUGCGUUACCUCCCAUCACAGAGGCUUCAUCCACAGAGGGGGCUCCAUCCACAGAGCUGGCCACCAUUGAGGCCCUGUCCACGGAGCCGGCAGCCACAGAGGCACUGACCACACAACCUGCGGCCACAGAGGCCCCGUCCACGGGGCCGGCAGCCACAGAGGCCCUGACCACACAACCUGCGGCCACAGAGGCCCCGUCCACGGGGCCGGCAGCCACAGAGGCCCUGACCACACAACCUGUGGCCACAGAGGCCCCGUCCACGGGGCCGGCAGCCACAGAGGCCCUGACCACACAACCUGCGGCCACAGAGGCCCCGUCCACGGGGCCGGCAGCCACAGAGGCCCUGACCACACAACCUGCGGCCACAGAGGCCCCGUCCACGGGACCAGAAGCCACGGAUGCCCUGUCCACAUCCACGGAGCCCACUGCCACAGAGGCCUUGUCCACAGAUCCCGCCACCACGAAGGUCCCAUCCACAGGUCCUGCGACCACAAGGAGCCUAACCAUGGCCCUGCUUGUGCCCUCUGAUCCUUACAACAGCACCACCGUGGCAGUAGGCAAUUCAUCUGAUGGCUUCAUCAAACAAUGGAAAAAUAAUCAGAAUCUUGCCCCCCAGAGCUCCGUGGCCCCCAGCCCCACAGAGGCUCUGGACCGCAUCCCUGUGAAGCAGUGCCUGCUGGCCAUCCUCGUCCUGGCCCUGGUGGCCACUAUCUUCCUCGUGUGCACAGUGGUGCUGGCUGUCCGCCUCUCUCGCAAGAAUCACAUGUACCCUGUGCGCAAUUAUUCCCCCACUGAGAUGGUCUGCAUCUCGUCCCUGCUGCCUGAGGGGGGCGAAGCGCCCUCGGCCACGGCCAACGGGGACCUGCCCAAUGCCAAGAGCCAGGGCCUAAAGGCGGGGCCGAGGGAGGGCCGAGAUGGGGAUGACCUCACCUUGCAGAGUUUCCUCCCUUAACCCCCACCCCUCACCUGCUCAUCCAUCUGAACAGGACCCUCGCCUCCCUGCUCCCUCCAAGGCCCGCUGGGCCACCACUGAGCACCCCGGCUCUGUUCCACGGGUCCGGGCUUCCUUGGGGCCCCUAGGGAUGGGGAUCUCUAGGACAGAGCCCCCAGGUGCCCCACAGGAAGGAGAGCAGCUGAACUCUUGCAGCCAAAGCAGGACUGUGGGCAAGCCACCGCAUCCUCCCUCCUGCCUCCGGGGGGGCCCGGGGAGAUCCCUCCACCUCCCUGUCUCCCACCUGUCUGGGCUCCCUCUGAGGCCUUCCACGGCUGGAGCCUCAUCCCCAAGCACCCGGUGAAGCCCCCGCCCUCACGCCCAUUUUCUUCUGGUUGCCAUGGUCACCACACAGGAAAGGGGGCAUUUUGGGGGCAGGAGUGCUGGAUUCUGAAGGCCAUUCCCUGCUCCUCUCCGACUUGGGGCAGCUUGGGUUUUCUUGGGCAUCUCCCCAGGGAGCCCAGGGUGAGAUCCUGGCCCAGGAGGGCUGGGGCGGGCUUGGAGAGCCCAGGGCCAUACCUUUCUUUGGGGCUGUGUGGGUCAUUGUUCACUGAAAUAUCCCACUCCCCAGCCUGCUGCCCGGGAUAGCGCAGGUGCUCAAUAAAUAUUCGAUGAACUAAUGGUGGCUGUUUCAGGGCGUCAAGGUGUCUCCUGCUGGGGCUUUGGUUCCUUGCUGUUCACCCCGGCCCCGGCCCGCUCCAGAAACCCCCCCAAACCCCCGGUCUGUGCCUUAAGUUUUCAGUAUUGUCUCUUGGACACUGGGGGCGUCUUGGUACAUCCUUGGGCAGCCGGGAAGGUUGUAGACCGUUGGGGGGAUGGGGAAACUGGUCCCCGAAUCCACUUUAUUCAACUCCCCCCCCCCAUGACCCAGUUCUGGCAUACAGAAUUUGGUUCCCGCCCCAACUCUCAGACAAACGCGUCCUCUCAACGUCAGUGCCAUCCUCCCCAGAAACUCACCCUGACCUCUCCCGGGGAGGGGGGGGUGGCCUGUCUCCCAUUUAACACCCACUCCUCACAGGGCUGAGCACAGCUGCGGCCUCCAAGGUUUUCGAACAAAAUUUGGGGCCAGCAAACUUUUUUCUUCAAUGGCCAGACCAAAAAUAUGUGACGUUUUGCAGACCGCGCGGUCCCCGUUGCAACUCGUCAGUUCCAUCCUUGGUCCUCGUAGAUUGUGUGUGGUCAUUGACGAUGUGUCACAAAUGAAUAGGGUUGGCUGCAUUCUAAUAAAACUUUAUUUACAAACAAA